AUGGCACCCAAAAGAAAAGCCACCACCACUCCCUCCACCUCGACCGCUCCCAAACGAGCCCGCAAAACCACCGCUCGAAAAAGCACCACUCGCAAGACAACUCCCCGCAAGGCCACUACCCCCAAAAGACGCGGCUGGCCCAGAGACACCGCCGAGCGCGAGCUCUACGGGUUCCGCGAGCCAGUGACCUACGCCUCGGAUGAGGAUGUGGAUCUGGACACCCCGGAGCUGGUGCACAGCCGGCCGUACGACGGCAAGAAAACAUACAAGACGCGUCUGGCGGAGGGGCUGCCCCCCAUCCAUGAUCUGGAGGAGAUGUAUCGGCUGAUGACGAGCAAGGCGCUGGAGUUGGGCCUCGACGAGGCGCUGAAGCACAUGGGGAGUCGGCCGCUGCGUGUGGCGACUGUUUGUUCAGGGACGGAGAGUCCGCUGUUGGCGUUGGAGAUGGUUAGGUGUCAUUUGGAAACGCACUUUGACAGAACCCUGCCGUUUCGGCAUCUCUUCAGUGCUGAGAUCGUACCGUUUAAGCAGGCGUAUAUCGAGCGCAACUUUCAUCCUCGAUACUUGUUUCGGGAUGUGAACCAGCUGAAAGACCGUGUGGCAGCAACCGCGUACGGGUCCAUAGAAAAGGUCCCCAAGAACGUGGACCUCUUAGUAGCCGGCUUUUCCUGCGUCGACUUCUCCGGCUUGAACAACAACCGAAAGACACUCGAUCAGCAGGGUGAAUCGGGAGGCACAUUCUGGGCCAUCGUCCGCCACGCGCGGGUCUACCGACCGCGCAUCAUGGUCCUCGAGAACGUCAAGCUCGCACCCUGGACCAGCAUCGUGCAGUACCUCGCGGAGAUCGAUUACCUGGGGAUCCACGUGGGCGUAGACACCAAGGCCUUCUACCUGCCCCAGACCCGCGAAAGAGGAUACAUGAUCUGUAUCGAUAAGAAACUGAUGCAGGCUCGGGGGCUGAAAAAAGAGGACUUCGAAGGAUGGCCGGAGAUCGUUCGCAAGUUCCGGCGUCCAGCCAGCUCCCCUAUCGGUAUGUUUGCCUUCGGACAUGGUGAUAAACGUCUCGAGCAGAUCGAGAGAGAUAUGGUGGCCCGGUUGGCGGCAACAACCACGCGGACUCACGUUGGCUGGGAGAAGUACCAGCUCCGCCACCACUAUUAUCGCACCGACAAUGACCUGGGCCAUAAGCGUCCUGCUACCAGGUUUCAGGACAACGGAGCCCGCCAGGUGCUUGACUUUGCCUGGAGAAGGUUCUCGGGGGCUUUGCCAGAGAGGGUGCUUGAUACCAUCGAUUGUAAUUUCCUUCGAAAGCUCCGUGACGGUUACGAUAUGAGCUAUAAAGAGCGAUGUCUAGAGCUUUCUCAGGGCGUUGACCGGGAGACUGAUAGUCGUGCGUAUGGCAUCAUGGGAUGCAUCACCCCAAGCGGCAUCCCCUACCUCACCACAAGAGGUGGCCCGCUCUGCGGCGCCGAGGCUCUCGCCCUGCAAGGCUUGCCCGUGGGUAAAUUGAUCCUCACCCGGGAGUCGCAGCGAGACCUGCAAGAUCUCGCGGGGAAUGCCAUGAGCUCCACCGUUGUCUGCGCGGCGACGCUGUCAGCUCUUAUUGUUGCACACCCAGUCCUCGAGAAGGGUGAAAUGCCAGCUAGCACUACCCCCAAGUGCGAUCUCUCCAGCUGCAGCGCCUCACAGGCCGAAAGCGUCACAUUCAAAGGAAACUUACAGUUGAAUCCCAAUAAUGCCCAAACACAUUGCUUGGAGCUCUUUGAUACCCGCGCAGUUCUGGAGGCGGCGGCCCGCAGUGCCAGAUACUGUAUUUGCGAGAAGCAGUCAGCGGUCAAAGACACGAUCUUCGAAUGUCAACUGUGCGAGCACACAGCCUGCGAUGACUGCCACGGUAACCCCACUCAUUUCUACAACAGACCGAAGACGAUCAAGAGAAGUAUACCUUCCGACUUUGUUCGAGAUCUUCGAAAGAUCAUCCCGAACCGACUGAUGAUGGUUGGCAUCACUGCGGAGAGUUGGGGUAUUCUCAAAAGCGAUCCGUCCGUGAAAUGCCCGUCUGCCAUCUGGGAAGAUUUCCUGAAGGCCGUUAUGCGAACCGUCGGUGACGAGCUCCGUUUCUCGGAUAUCUCGCGGGGAAAACUGUGGACUGUCUCUUACGAGGGGAAGCACUCGGUCCUUCAUCUUGUGAUCAACCCGGCCAGCGGACUCGAGUGGCGUCUUUUUGCCAAACCUCUGGAAAGCGAUCCAGGUCUUUCAGUAAACCGGGAGAUUCUUUCAAAGCCGAUUGCGCGGAUGGCUGUCUCGUCAGAUUCCCUGCUGGCGGGGACCUGGCAGGUGUGUGCGCCGCUAAGCUCGAGAUUGACGCUCGUGUUUGAACCGGCAGGAGAAAAAGUGCCGAGCUAUGAGGCGAAAUGCGGUUUGCAGGGCGAAGAGAUCAUCGCGUCCCAGGUUUGGACCAAAGUCAUUGUCCAGGGAACUGACGAGGACAUGAGCAACCUCGAAGUCGAUGUCCGAGGGACCUACGAGCUUUUGCCCGAGUGCGGUACAGCAAGUGCAUCUUUGCACAAAAGGAAAGCUACUGAGGAUAACAAGCCCGCUGUGUACCUGUUUUUAGAUCCGACGAAGUUGGGCGAGCCAAAGUACGACUCUUUUGUAUUUGCCUUGGAACAUGGACGAGAUCCUAGCUAUGCACGACGAUUAACCAUUGCCGAGGUGGCUCACACUUGGCGCCCCAGCAGACAGUCUGAAGCUCACGAGGAGUCGGUCCAUGCAUACUACCGCAGAUGGACCAAUACUGAAGCCAUCUCCUUGCAGCCUUACAGUUCCGAUGCCUCUAUCACCCUCCAUAACCUUGAGCCGGGGCACGUUGUCUCGAUCGAUCACACCGGUUGCGAAUCAGAACAUAUAACCUUGCUAUCAUUGUCAGCACCAGUUAACACCAUUGGUUCGACUUGGAAUGUAGGAUCUUGGGAGGUCUCUAACCCUUUGGACUCACAAGCUGAAUUGAGGGAUCUUGCCUGGUUACUCCUGAGAGCCACCACCACCACCGGCUAUGAAGAUUGGAAUCAAAUCGUCGAAAAACAGGCAAUGAACAGCAAUGGCGAAUUCUCCGGGUGCACAACCUGCACUCCGCCCAAGCCAGCAAUGAUCUGGAGUUGCAAUGCACGAGGCCACAUCAAAGCCUGCGAAGAUCCCCGCGAUGCUGCGUUAUAUGAGCGGCAGCUUAAAGCGAAGCCCGUCCCUUUCUUGGUGUUCCGCCGGGUUGAUGAAAAUAACUUUGGAAAUUUGCGAAUCACCCUGAAUGUGCAGACCCUUCUACAUCAGGCGUACGACAAACUUGCUGGUUCUAGCACCAUUGGUGGUGCCUCUUUUCUUUGGCGUCUGGUCCCUAAUGCACAUGACUCGAGAAAUUUGGCGUUCUCAGAGUUCCAGCUCAGGAACAAUAAUGCAGAUAUUCCUUGCGGUCAGCCCCCCAAUUUCAAGCUCAAGCUAAGGCCAGAACAGCUUCGGUCUUUGCAUUGGAUGGUCAUGCAGGAGAGCGACGACAUUGAGCCUUUUGCUGAAGAAGAGGUAGAGGAAGCUCUACUUCCCCAGCUGAUGUGGCGUGCGGAGGCGAAAGUGACCGCUCUCAAAACGAUCCGUGGCGGUGUUUUGGCAGAUGAUGUUGGAUACGGAAAAACAGCCCUCAUUCUUGGAUUAAUCGAUGCGCAAUCUAGACAGGGUAGCGCACCCCGGUCUACACCGGGCUUUAUCCCUACCAACGCGACCCUCAUCUUGACACCUCGCAACUUGUUCAAGCAAUGGCGGCUUGAGAUCACCAAAUUCCUGGGGACCAGAUACAAGGUCCUCGCUUUUUCCAACAGGGCUGAACUCGCUAAGAAAACCAUUCGUGAGAUUCGAAAGGCGGACAUCGUCUUGGUGACCUGGGAGGUUUUUGGCGAUCAAAAUUAUCAUCGGACAAUGCAGAUGUUCACUGGUAUGCCGCGGGUGCCGGCGCCUCAAGGCCGCAACUUCUUGGAUUGGUUUUCCGAGGCCCAUCAAUCUCUCAAAGAGCAAGUGGAAACUCUCAUGAAUAAAGGCCCUUCUGCUUUCCUCGAAUCCUUGCAGGGAAGACGCCGGAAGUUCAGAAAUACCACGGCAAACUUCACCUACAACCCGUCCAAGCGACUGAGAGGAAGGCAUUAUGCGGAAGCGAAUGCAGGCGAACCUCGCAAUGCAGGCAUUGACGUGGAAUAUGCAGCCCUGUCCAGCGCUGAUGAGGAGUCUGACGCCAAUGACGAAAGAGACCCUCACACUCUCCGGUCCAAGAUAUCCCGCCUCGUUCAACUCCAGCCACUGAGAACAUUUGCGCCCCCAAAGAAGAAGAAAAAGAACGAGGAGGAAGAGCAGGCCCUGGAAGAGGGGGCAGCUAUCCAUGGCACGACAAAUGACGAGACGAACGAGGCAGAAGCCGUCCAGGCUGAAUCAGAUCGCGACGAUACCGAAUAUGAGGACCUCGAUGCGCCCCCGCGCCCAAAGAAAGCAGCCACCCCAAGCCGUCGAAAGGCCGACAAGAAGGGCAAAAAAAGCGCAAGUGGUCAACCCACGUUAAAGAAGCCAAAGGCGAGUUUGUUCUGGAGUGAUCGAGAAGAGUUCAACAUCGACAGAAAGACAGAGAAAACAGACUGGGAUACCAUGAAAAACUCGCUUAUCCAUCAGUACUCGUGGGAACGUGUGGUGAUCGACGAGUUCACAUAUGUGAAAGUCGAGCCCAAACCCAUCGCAGCUAUACAAGCUCGCGCACGAUGGGUGCUCUCGGGAACGCCGCCCUUGAAUAACUUUGCUGACGUGAAUACAAUUGCACCUUUCUUGGGCGUCCACCUCGGGAUCGACGAUGAUGACAUGAAAUCCCAUAACGUGCUGGGGAAACUGAAAAAGAAGAUCCAAUCGGAUGCAGAAGUCUUCCAAGCGUAUCGAGCCCCCCGAAGCGAGUCAUGGCACAGAAAUCGACACGAGCACGCCCAGACAUUCCUCGACCGUUUUGCCCGCAAGAAUGUUCCUUGUAUCGGCGAAAUCCCAUGCACGGAACACACCAUCGAAGUCUCCUUACUGCCGGUAGAAACAACGAUCUAUGAAGAGCUCCGCAGACAGCUUGAUGGGCUGAGCGCACAGGCAUUCUGCGGUAGCCGUAGUAAACAUGGCAGCAAACGGGAGAAGAGACUGGAUGAUCUUAUUCGCGGUAGCAGCACGGCCAUGGAGGCACUGCUCAAACGAUGUACAACCUUCGCUCUCAGCCACCAGUGGAAGAAUGGAAAGCCGGAGGACACCACCUGCAAGUCUCUCAUUGAAACGCGCCAGAAACAUAUCGAAGCUGCUGUGGAGGUUUUCGCUUUGGAAGUCAAGUUAGCCGUUUGGUUGUUGGAAAGAGCUGACAAGAACGUACCUAAUUUCCAGAAGUUUGUCGAUAGUGUUGGGAAAAACGAUUUUGGAGACGAAUUGGUGAAAAUAGAAGCCCGAGCUAUUAUCGAAAAGGCUUUUCUUGAAAAGACGGACGAUGAUUGGAAGCUCUUCUUUGCAGAGCCUGUGCAAAAGAAGGACAAGGCAGAUAGAGAAAAGGAAGAUGAGGACACAGGCGAAAGUGAGGAAGGUGAAACGAAAAAAGCCAAGAAAGACGAACCUCCCAAGCUCCCGAAGAAACCAGGGAAGAAGGAUGAAUUCGACACGGUGCUCAGAAGAACGGUGACAAACAUGCGCAGCUACAUUGUGGAAUGGGUUAUGCGAAAGCGAGCCCUCAGAUACCUCGAAGCCGUGCACCGCGUACAGGCUGACUUGGAGAUCAUCUGCGACAAGUGCCAGGACAGGAUCCUCACAGCAAGUGAGGUCAACAUCCUCAGUUCUUGUGGCCAUGUCAUCUGUUCGAUCUGCACUUCGAGCUUUGUUAAUGAGGAAUGCGUCGUCACAGGAUGCCACGGUGAACUCACGAUCAACAAUCUUCAAAAAGGAUCAAUGUUUGGCUGCAGUGGGGAAGAUAGAAGUGCACGGUACGGCGGAUCAAAGCUAGACAAAAUGGUCGAGAUUCUCCAAGCGAUGCCUCGCGACGACAAAGCCUUGAUUUUCAUUCAGUACGAGGAGAUCAGAAAAGUCGCCUCGAUGGCGCUGGAUCUCGCAAAGAUCAAGCACACUGCGAUCAUCGACGAGGACACAUCAUCGAUCAAAAAGCUGGAGGGGUAUCUGACGAAGGGCUGGGGAGAGAGUCGUGUUUUGAUUUUGAUGUUGGGGAACGAGAUGUCGGCGGGACUGAACCUCCAAGCUGCUAAUCAUGUGAUGUUUCUCUCACCCUUGCUUGCAGAGACUCAGUACAACUACGAGUCGACAAUGACCCAAGCAGUAGGGCGGGCCCGGCGGUACGGACAGACGAAACAUGUCCACGUAUACCACAUGCUGGCCAGAAGGACCGUGGACGAGACUGUCUGUCCGUACCGCCAGAACCCGCCCUAUACCAGUGGGUGA